AUGACAGACCGCAUGUUACCAUUCCGUCAGUUGCUGAAACCGAGUACACCUUUCAAGUGGGACUCAACUCUCUAUGACCUCUUUCAGGAGUCAAAAGCGGUGAUCAUCAACGAGAUUGAAAAUGAUGUGCGCAUAUUUGAUCCCACUAAGCCGACUUGCCUAGCGACGGAUUGGUCUAAAAAUGGAAUAGGGUUCUGGUUAUUCCAAAAACACUGUGAUUGUGCUCAAACUGAACCGUUUUGUUGUGCUGAUGGGUGGAAAAUCACUUUAGUUGGAAGCAGAUUCACUAGUGCUACAGAAUCACGAUAUGCACCAGUCGAGGGCGAAGCAUUAGCCGUAGCUGAUGCUCUUGAGAAGGCUCGAUAUUUGGUACUUGGAUGUGAUAACCUAGUGAUAGCCGUGGAUCAUAAACCAUUGUUAAAACUAUUCGGGGAUAGGUCUCUAGAAAACAUCCCUAAUGCUCGACUCCGCAACCUAAAAGAAAAGACGCUUCGGUACAAGUUCAAGAUGCUACAUGUACCAGGUGCCAAGAACCGAGCACCAGAUGCCGUUUCGCGCAACCCGACUGGAGAUGCAGAACCAAUGGUACUCAAUGAUGACGUCUCAUCAGUAUCGCUGAACAAUGAAUCUUACCUGUACUUAUCAGCUGCUUAUUCAAUUGAAAACUUGGAAUGCGUAACAUGGGACAAAGUGCGCACAGCUACAUCGAGCGACGAAUCUGUGCACCAACUAGUGGAGAUUAUAGAAACGGGUGUCCCCGCCACUCGCACCGACUUCCCGUCUUCCCUACAAGAUUUAUUUCCGUUUAGAGACCAUCUGUCCACAGUUGACGGCGUCGCUAUCUAUAAAGACCGACUGGUGAUUCCCGCUUCCCUUCGACAGGACAUACUUACCUCCCUUCAUUCCGCUCACCAAGGUGUCACAUCAAUGACAUCUAGGGCUGAACAGUCUGUCUUCUGGCAAGGAAUAACUGCUGACAUCGCAAGUAUCAGGAAUAAUUGCUCACAUUGUAACCGUAUGGCACCUUCUCAGCCCAAUCCUCCACCAACACCACUCGUAUACUCUCAAUACCCGUUCCAAUGUCUAUCUGCUGAAUUCUUUCAUUACAAGGGUGUAAAUUACCUUGUGAUAGUGGACAGGUAUUCAAACUGGCCCAUCGUAGAAAGAUCUGCAAAUGGUUCAACGGGUCUAAUCGACAGUUUGCGAAAAACAUUCGUUACUUUUGGAAUUCCAGAUGAACUGGCCUCAGAUGGGGGCCCAGAGUUCACUUCGACUGCGACACGAGAUUUCUUGAAAACUUGGGGUGUACACCACAGACUCUCUUCCGUGGCAUUCCCACACAGUAACUGUAGAGCAGAGGUUGGUGUCAAAACAGUAAAGCGCAUGAUCACCGACAACACCGGACCGAAUGGCGAACUUAACACCGAUGCUUUCCAGCGCGCCAUUUUGCAAUAUCGAAACAUCCCUGAUCGGGAUAUAAAACUUUCACCUGCUAUGUGUGUAUUCGGACGUGCUGUGAAAGACUUCAUUCCCAUUCUUCCGGGUCGUUACUUACCUCACGACACAUGGAAAGACACCAUAGUUCUGCGUGAGGCUGCCCUUAGAAAUAGACAUAUCAAAAUAGGGGAACGUCUCAAUGAACAUACCCGACGUCUACCACCACUCAAAGUUGGUGACUUCGUCAGAAUACAAAACCAGACGUCAUCCUCUAAAGUGGGACAAAACAGGUCAGGUCACUGA